AUGUCGAGCCCAUCCCCCACUUCAAACUCUUUCAAGUGUGGACGUCCACCAAAUUCCGCUUACAUCGAUCUGAUGAAACCCAACGAGGACUGGAGGACGAUGGAGGAUGCCACCGAAAGGAGAAAAGUUCAGAACCGCCUGGCACAGAGGGCGUAUCGUCGCAGCCUCCGUGAAAAAAACACGGAAGUGCAGAUGCUGAAGAAGCAACUCCAGAAAUUCCGCAAGGGAAAUGAUAGCAGCAGUGUUAGCUCAAGCUCGAGUCGAGGCUCCUAUCACAGUCCAAGUCCAAGUCAAUUGCCUUCCAACACAAGCAGCAGCGGCAGCAACAACUCCCCUCAUUUCAAAGAUGAAGAUACCUUGAGCAAUGGCGAAAGUUUUUCCAGGUCUAAAGGCGACGUCGAAGAUCAAAGGCCCGCUGCAAGCAGCCCCCGGUGCUCCGAAUCAGACUCAUACAUGAACGACACGGUCGAUAUCGACAUGGACGCAAGCUCCCUCCAUUUCACCACCUGGAUGGACAGGUACUUUUCUAUGGGUGUUGACGAAACACUUGACACCGCCGGCCCAUUACUACCAAACUUUGAUCUCCUUACAGCAACAGAUUUUGCCAGUUGCAAAGCCGGUACAACAGGUGCCGCACCCCCGGAGUCUAUAUUCAACAACUGCCAGUCAAUAACGAACCCAACCGUCAAGCAGAUUGGGACACCGAUCGCUCCAUCCGACUGGAGCCUAUGUCCUUCAAUCCGCUCAGGACUUCCGACAAAUCUGGAGCACCAUCUCAGCGGAACACAAGAUCGUCACAUGGAUGCUACUGCUACCCCUUCCCAAUUUGCAACACCGCCGCCGCCAGCCGCCAUCAUUGGCGGCAAGUCGGAAGUUUCCCCAGAUGUCAGCGCGUCCCUGCUCCACCUUGCAGUAGCGAGUGGCCAUCUGGAGACGGUGCGACUACUCAUAAGACACAAGAAGUAUUUGAUGUUGGAACGGGAUAGCGAGGGUUACACGCCGUUACAGCUCGCCAUAGUGCUCGGCAUGACGGACAUAGUCGCACUUUUCUUGCAGAACGGUGGUAUUUCUUGA